CCCUUCUCAAGGCAUCUUAGAGCCUCAAUUUUUUGAUUUCAGUCUUUGUGCCUACACGUGACAAUCCCCCACGCUUUCUUUCUCUUCUCCAGCACUAUGACCAGCAGCGAAUUCAGAAUCGAGCGUGAUACAUUUGGCGAGUUGAAUGUUCCUGCAGACAAGCUUUACGGAGCUCAGACUCAGAGGUCAGUGCUGAACUUUGACAUUGGUGGCCCUAGAGAGCGGAUGCCAGAGCCUUUGAUAAAGGCUUUUGGAGUGUUGAAGAAGGCUUCGGCUCAAGUCAAUAUGACUUAUGGGUUGGAUGAAAAGGUUGGCAACGCGAUCAUCAAAGCUGCUGACGAGGUCAUCGAAGGAAAACUACUCGACCACUUCCCACUGGUGGUAUUCCAGACAGGAUCUGGAACGCAGACAAACAUGAAUGUGAAUGAGGUGAUCGCUAACAGAGCUAUCCAAAUUCUGGGCGGACAACUCGGCGACAAAAACUUGGUUCAUCCCAAUGACCAUGUUAACAUGAGCCAGUCAUCUAAUGAUACAUUCCCGACUUCCAUGCACAUUGCUGCUGUUGUUGAAAUUAAUAAAUCACUCAUUCCGGCCAUGACCUUGUUACGAGAUGCCAUGGCCGAAAAGGAAAAGAGCUUCCAGCACAUCAUCAAGAUUGGUCGAACACACUUGCAGGAUGCAGUGCCGCUCACACUAGGACAAGAGUUCUCCGGAUAUGUUACCCAAUUAACACUUGGCAUUCAGCGUGUGGAGCAUGCGACGAAAAACCUGCUGAAACUGGCUCAAGGCGGUACAGCUGUUGGUACUGGCCUGAAUACCCGAAAGGGCUUCGAUGAGAAAGUUGCAAAGGCCAUCGCCGACCUGACCAAAUACCCAUUCAUUACGGCUCCCAAUAAGUUCGAGGCUCUCGCUGCUCAUGAUGCUAUUGUGGAAGCGCACGGUGCUCUCAACACAGUUGCGGUUUCUCUGAUGAAAAUAGCAAAUGAUAUUCGGUACUUGGGAUCUGGUCCUCGCUGUGGUCUUGGAGAAUUGUCGCUACCUGAGAACGAACCUGGUUCAAGCAUUAUGCCUGGAAAAGUGAAUCCUACACAAUGUGAAGCAAUGACUAUGGUGUGCGCACAAGUCAUGGGUAACAACACUACUAUUUCUAUAGCCGGUUCAAAUGGUCAAUUCGAGGUGAGUCCUAGCAUGUAGUUGCGGAUAUAUGAGCACCUUAUGUUCCUUUCGA